AUUUAUUUUAAGAAUAAAUUAAUUAAAAAUAUUUUUUGCAUUAUAAUGCCGUCUGUUAAGAAUUACCCUUCUAGUGAAGUAAAUCAGUAUGAAUUAUCGUCUAGAUUAUUAACUUUAACCGAGAACAAUACAUCUUAUACGUUGACUCAAAUCAAUGGACAAAGGAUUUAUAGAAAAGCACCCCAUGCAUGGAACGGACCAGAACCAUCUAGAAAUUGUGAGGUGUUUAUUGGGCGCAUCCCCCACGAUUGCUUCGAGGACACCCUGGUGCCCCUGUUCCGCCAGGCCGGGGAGCUGUUCGAAUUUCGUCUCAUGAUCAACUUUUCGGGAUGGAAUAGAGGGUACGCUUUCGCUAUGUACACGACUGAAGUCGAGGCAAGCAAUGCUAUACGUAUGUUCAACAACUACAUGAUUCGCCCUUCGUGGCAAUUGGGCGUGUGCCCGUCGAUCAACAACUGCCGCAUAUUCAUAUCGCGCAUCCCGGCGGGCACGCCGUCGGCGGAGAUCGUGCGGCUCGUGUACGCGCUGACGGAGGAGGCGGUGGAGGUGCGCGUGCGGCGGUCGGGCGGCGGCUGCGCGGCCAUCGCGGAGUACCGCUCGCACCGCGGGGCGGCCAUGGCGCGCAAGGCGCUGGUGGCGGCGGCCGCGGCGGCCUGGGGCGCCGGCGCGCGCCCCGCCGUCGACUGGUCGCUGCCGCAGAGCGCGCACCUGCUGCGCCAGUACCGCGAGGUGGGCCGCUGGACGCCGGAGCGCGGCGUGGAGAUCUACCGCUUGCCCGAGGAGCCGGCCGGCAGCACCGCCGCGUCCUACUCGCUCGAGCGCUGGUCGCAGGCGCGCCGCUUGCGCAUGAUACACGAGGCGCACCGCGCGCACGCACAGGCGCACCAACCUCACGCGCAGCUACCACGUGCGCAAGUGACGUCACACGCGCAGGUGGCUGCGCAGCUGCAGGCGGCGCAGGCGCAGCUGCAAGCAGCGCAGCAAAUGCCACAGCAGCAGCAACUGCAGUCGCAAGCGCAGUCGCUGUCGCUCUUGCAGCAGGGGCAGCUGCAGAACGCUGCGGCUAAUGACUGGGCCCGUUCAAGCAUGAGCGCAAGCCCAUUAUCCAGCGCCAGUUCGACCUGGGGCACGUGGGGCCCGUGGGGCUCCGCCAGCGAGGGCGAAGCGCCCGACGCGCCGCCGUACAACCCGUGGACGGCCCCGCACCCGCUGCACGAGUUUAUGGACAAGCAGGAGUGAGCCUUCGCCCCAACAGGGUAACUGUGUAACGCUAAGAAGCUUUUGGUGUAUUAAUUGUAACUAACUUGUUUUAAUGUCUUGUAUGUGCUUU